AUGGAGCAUGUUGGUGAUGAUAUGGCUGCCAUCAAUGCCAAAGGCGGACCUCUCGCCUGGUUCGACAAAAACCCCACCCUGGACGUCAUGUCUCGUGAACUUCAACAGCUUCUUAAGUCGUACAGCGGAAUCAAACAGGAUGAACUUCUCGAUCACGUUGUCAAAAUACGCGAGGAGGCUUGGAAGAUACACCCGUAUCCAUGCAUUGGGCAAUUCCUCUUCCUGGAGAACAAUUUCGGGGAGAACGAUGAAGAAUAUAAGGAAGUUAUACAACGACUUGGUAAAGGCCAAAAGCUACUGGAUAUGGCCUGUUGUGUUGGUCAGACUAUUCGUACCCUGGUGCAUGGCGGAGCACCGUCCGAGAACACAUUCGGCUGCGAUCUCUACCCGGAAUUUAUCGAGCUUGGAUAUGAACUUUUUCGAGACCACCGUACACUCAAGACUCAGUUCCUCACUGCAGAUGUCUUUGAUCCAAGCUCGGCUUUGACGGAGAUAAGAGGCCAAAUGGACAUGAUAUUUGCCGGUGACUUCUUCCAUCUGUGGGGUUACGAGAAACAGGUCGAGGUCUGCAAAAUUGUAUUCGCCUUGCUGCGUCCUCAGUCUGGAUCGAUGAUCUUGGGUCGUCAGUUCGGCGCCGCGGAUCCGGAAGAGAAGCAAGGACCCGUUGGCGUUGGCAUGAUGUUUCGGCAUAACGUAGAAAGCUUUGAGAAGAUGUGGAGAGAUAUAGGUGAUGAACUCGGCAUCAGAAUUACCGUAAAGGCAAAGUAUGUAUUCGUUCCUGACCGCCAGCAGCUGUUUUGCCAGGACAAUGGCAAGCGCUUCUCGUUUGUAGUUCGCCGCGACUAG